UACUCUACUCUGCUCUGAACGCGUGAGGGUAGAAAUAAAACGAGCGUGUUUUUCAGCCGUAUAUCACUAGAUGGCGCUCUACAAAUGAGCGACACUCCUGCCUCGUAAGCAGUGAAUACAGUACAGUAGAGGCAUUGCGAGUCUACUAGAAGGAUAGAGGAUGAGAUGGAACGAGUUGAAACGAUAGAGUAUUGGAUUUCUAGAGAAGAUUUUGGAGGACAGGAACUUCCUCUUCCGGUCACUCAGGGGAGGAUGAUGGCGUCGUUGGUUUUUCUUCCGCUGUCUCGAGGGUCGAAGCGGCUCCUGGGAGGUUCUGCAGCAAUUUUUUAAACGAUAAUGAAACUAACCCAUUAAUGUGAAUCUUAUAGACAAAGAGGAUGCCAAGAAGUGCACUCUGGACAACAGACAAUGAGAAGCAGCAUUAAAAUGCAAAACAAACCAUCAAACAAAAUCUUUUCCACUUCUUCCAGAAAGUGUUAAAACUCUUCUCUUUCCUCAGCUAAUAGAGAUAAGGGAGAGAAUAACAGGAACAGAGUUUUCAGGUAGAAAAAAAUAGAUUAUGUGGAACUUAAGGACAUAUUGUAUAAAAAGAUAAAAUGAUAUAAUUACCAAAUUCAGAAAAAGGGCGAAAUAGCUGGACAUCAGUGGGAAGGAAAAAGUCCCUUGGAUAGCCAAAGGCAUUCAUGAAAGACUUCAAGGAAGGAAAGAGUGUCUUGAAAUCAAAGCACCACCAGAUAAGGGAUCAGAAAUAUUUUUGAGCUCAUCAGAAUAUCAAUUUUUUGGGGGGGAACCCCCCCACAGACUGCCUAUUUUGGCAAAAGCACAGAUUGCAGAUCCCAUCUGAUUUAUGCAUAAAUCAAUCCACCCCAUGAAAAGCCAUAUAAAUGCUUGGAGUGCAGCAAAAGCUUUAUUCAGAACAUCAGUCCCAUGAUUCAUAUAACAACUGAUGCAGGAGGAACUGCUCUACCAGUGCUCCCAAUGUGGUAAAAGAUUUACCAUACAAACCAAUCUGGUGAGACACAGGAAUACUUCGCUCUGGGGAGAAACUCUUUAAAUGACCUGUUUGUAGGAAAAUUUUCACUUGGAAUUCUGGCCUGGUGAUACACCAGAGGAUUCACACUGGAUAAAAAACAUAGGAGUGUAUUGUGUGAAAAGUUUCAGACAGAAUUCCAACCUGGUGAUACAUCAGAGGACUCAUACGGGAGAGAUACCAUAUGAAUGUCUGGAUUGUGAGAAAAAAUUCAGUCACAAAUCCCACCUGGUGAAACACCAGACAAUGCACAUGGAAGAGAAACCGUGUGAGUUUUCAGAUUGUCAGAAUUCCAAGCUGGUGAGACAGGAGAGUGCUCACCCAGGAGAGAACCCAUAUGAGUGUCUGGAUUGUGGGAAAAGUUUCAAUCAGAAUUCCAAGCUGGUGAGACACCAGAGGAUUCACACGGGAGAGAAACCAUAUGAGUGUCCAGAUUGUGGGAAGAGUUUCAGUCAGAAUUCCAAGCUGGUGAGACACCAGAGGAUUCAUACGGGAGAGAAACCGCAUGAGUGUGCAGAUUGUGGGAAAAGUUUCAAUUGGAAUUCAGAACUUGUGGUACACCAGAGGAUUCACACAGGAGAGAAACCAUAUAAGUGUUCUGAUUGCGGGAAAGGUUUCCAUCGAAAUCCCGAUUUGGUGAUACACAAGAGGACACACACAGGAGAAAAACCAUUUGAGUGUCCAGAUUGUGGGAAAAGUUUCAGUCACAAUUCCACCCUGGUGAUACACAAGAGGACUCACACGGGAGAAAAACCUUAUGAAUGUCCGGAUUGUGGGAAAGAUUUCAGUAACAAUUCCAACCUGGUGAUACACCAGAGGAAUCACACGGGAGAGAAACUGCAUGAGUGUCCAGAUUGUGGGAAAAGUUUCAAUUGGAAUUCUGAACUUGUAGUACACCAGAGGAUUCACACAGGAGAGAAACCUUAUAAGUGUUCUGAUUGUGGGAAAGAUUUCCAUCGAAAUUCUGACUUGGUGAUACACAAGAGGACACACACAGGAGAAAAACCAUAUGAGUGUCCAGAUUGUGGAAAAAGUUUCAGUCACAAUUCCAGCCUGGUGAUACACAUGAGAACUCACACAGGGGAAAAACCUUAUGAGUGUCCAGAUUGUGGGAAAGAUUUCAGUACUAGAUCUAGCCUUAUAAAUCAUGUAAGAACUGAUAUUGGGGAGAAACCAUAUGAGUGUCUGUAUUGUGGAAAACGUUUUCUGCAUAACUCCAAGCUGGUGAUACACCAGAGGACUCAUACAGGAGAGAAACCAUACGAGUGUCCGGAUUGUGGGAAAAGGUUCAGUCAGAAUUCCAACCUGGUAAUACACCGAAGGACUCACACUGGAGAAAAACCAUAUGAAUGUCCGGAUUGUGGGAAAAGUUUCCAACAGAAUUCUAAGCUGGUGAUACACCAGAGGAGUCACACAGGAGACAAACCAUAUAAAUGUCCAGAUUGUGGGAAAGGUUUUAACUGGAAUUCUGAGUUGGAAGUACACCAGAGGACUCACACAGGAGAAAAACCAUAUGAGUGCCCGGAUUGUGGAAAAAGUUUCAGUCGGAAUUCCCACCUGGUGGAACACCAGAGGACUCACACAGGAGAGAAACCAUAUGGGUGUCUAGAUUGUGGGAAAAGUUUCCAGCAGAAUUCCAAGUUGGUGCUACAUCAGAGGACUCACACGGGAGAGAAACCAUAUGGGUGUCCGGAUUGUGGGAAAAGUUUCAAGCAGAAUUCCAAGCUGGUGAUACACCAGAGGAGUCACACAGGAGAGAAACCAUAUGAGUGUCCGGAUUGCGGGAAAAGUUUCAGUCAGAAUGCCAACCUGGUGAUACAUCAGAGGACUCAUACAGGAGAGAUACCAUAUGAGUGUCCAGAUUGUGGGAAACUUUUUAGUAGAAAUUCCAAACUGCUCAUGCACCAGAGGACUCACACGGGAGAGAAACCGUAUGAAUGUCCAGAUUGUGAAAAAAGUUUCAAUUGGAAUUCUGACCUGGUGAUACACCAGAGGAUUCACACAGGAGAAAAACCGUAUGAGUGUCUGGAGUGCGGGAAACGUUUCAUUCGAAAUUCCCACCUUGUGCAACACCGCAGGACUCAUACAGAAGAGAAACCAUAUAAAUGUCCAGAUUGUGAGAAAGGUUUCUAUCGUAAUUCCCACCUGGUAAUACACCAGAGAUCUCACACAGGGGACAAACCAUAUCAGUGUCUGGAUUGUGGUAAAAGUUUCAAUUGGAAUUCCACCCUAGUGAUACACCAGAGGACUCACACUGGAGAAAAGCCAUAUGAGUGUGUUGAGUGUGGGAAAAGUUUUAUUAGAAAUUCUGACUUGGUGAUGCACCAGAGGACUCACACAGGAGAGAAACUGUAUGAGUGUCUGGAUUGUGGAAAAAGGUUCAAUCAGAAUUCUCACCUGAUGUUACACCAGAGGUCUCACACAGGAGAGAAACCAUAUGAAUGUCUGUUUUGUGGGAAAGGUUUCAGUCAGAAUUCCUACCUGGUUAAACAUCAGAGAAUUCACACAGGAGAAAAACCAUAUGAGUGUCCCGAAUGUGGGAAAAGGUUCAUUCGGAAUUCUGGCUUGGUGAUACACUGGAGGACUCACACAGGGGAGAAACCAUAUGAGUGUCCGGAUUGUGGGAAAGAUUUUAGCAUUAGAUCUAGCCUCAUUAAUCAUGUAAGGUUACACACAGGGGAGAAACCAUUCAAAUGUCCAGAUUGUGAACAGUGUUUCACACAAAAUUCCUCUCUUUCUGCACACAAGAAGCUCCAUAUAAAGCAAAAAUUGAUGUGUGUGGAGGAAUGUUAAAUUUCAUUUCUCUCAUUUGACACCAAGUUGAGAAAUUAACCAUUUAAUUUCUUGCCUUAUUCUUUGUAGUCAUAUGUAUCUUAGUAUCAAACAUGAGGCAGGAGAUCUAAGCUUCCUUUUUCUGGCCCAGUGUGGUCAUUCCCUUUCCCAGCAUUGAGGGGAACUGCUAUGUUGGGCCAGAGAAAAGGAACUCAGCUGUCUAUUAGGUAUGUUUGCCAUCUUGAGUUAUUUCUACAUAUAAUAAAGGUAGGAUAUAAAUAUGUAUGUAUUUUUAUUUAUUAAGGAAAUGUAUAUGGCAGCCCAACUCAGUGUGACACUGGACAGCUUAUAGCAAUAAAACCCUGUACAGAAACCAA